AUGGGCGAGCUCCGGCCGUGCGGGGCUCACACGACCUUGCACCCGGACCGCCUGUGGAUCUGGGACAAGGCGGUGUAUGUGGAUGAGAACCAGCGCACCUGGCUGUCCAUAAUCAUGGAGGUACAGCCCGCUUUGGGGCCGAGACUGCUCCUGCGUCAGGAAGAUGUCCCCCUGGGGGAGACUCUGCGCCCCAGCCAGCUGCUCCCCAGCCUGCUGCCUUUGAUGUGGCAGCUCUACCCCGAGAAAAGAUACCGAGGCUCAGACUCCAGUUUCUGGCGCAUAGUGUACCACGUCAAGUCCCGUGGCACGGAGGACCUGCUCCUUGAGAAGCUGCCAUGCCUGGCGUGGGAGUGA